AUGGCAACCAACGCGCCGGGCAACACUGAACACUCGCGCCUCGGAUCCUUGGAGAGAAACCGUCUCCCGCCCGCGCCCCCCUCUCCUGACGUGACUGCAGUCGGGAAUAUUUGGCCCCAAAGCCCCCCGCCCAAACGCACAGCUGAUCUGCCAUUCGCCGAAAUGAAGCCCCAGCUAAACCCGGCGCCUCUUGGGGAGUCCCAGCGACGCCCUUUCGCCUCCUCCUGCGCCUCCUGCUCCUCCCAAGGGCCUAUCCUCGCAAGACACGCGCGGAGACGACGCCCGGACACGACGUCUCUCCCUCUCCUCCCCGCGCCCUCCUCCGUGCCCACAGGUCCUCCGGGACAGGGGCAGGAGCCGAAGCGAAAACCACCCGCGUUGGGAAAAAAAAGGCACGACCCAGCAGGGCUUUUCCUCCCCUUAUUGAUUACCGCGUCGCCGCCUCGCCCGUCACUCACUUACCUCGACCACGCCACACACAGCCUCCGUGCGCCGCCCUUCACAUCCCCGACGGCGCCCUCUUGGUGUCGAGCGCAGCGUCACGGCGCCGAAUCUCCCGCCGAGGCCCGAGUCCCUCCGCAAGCGCCCAGGAGAGAGAGAGGCUCGAAGGCGCCGCAGCAGAAGGAGUCUCCUCGGGGCGACCGGCGCGACGCCAGAGCCAUCUGGGGGCGGCGGCGGAAACUCCCGGGAUAG